ACAGGUUAUACGGUCAUCAUUUUUUUUUAUCACCUUAUAGGUUAAAUGUUGUUAUAGACCAAUAUAAUAAUAAUUAUUAUAAUAACAACAAUUGUUUAGAACUUUAGGAACACCGAACAGGUACAUAUUUACCUAAUACCUACUCAUACUAUUAUGUUUGGUCUCCAUGGUACCUCUGAACAAUAACAAAUUAAAGUUGGGACAUAAUGUAAUGUGUACCUACCUAAAUGUAAUAACUAAUAAACCUACAUUGGCUACAUUCACUGAUAUUUUUAUUUAAACAUGGCUUUACAGACAUAUUCAAUUUUAUAUUUAAAUUUAGUGUGUGAGAUGAUUUAUGUUGUGGCAGAAAGAUUAAAAACACAAAAAAUUCAAAUAGACAAAUCCAAAUUAGUUCUAAAUGACAUAAUUGCUGCAUCACUUAACUGUCCAUUCUUGUUUGUACCAACAUCUAUCAUUAACAAAGAUAUUUUAAAUAAAAGUAUAUGUAGUGCAGUUCACUCUUCAAUUAUGCGACUGAAUGAUUCUAGUAUGGAAAAGUUAAUGGGUUUGAUAGAAACCUCAGUAAAAAUGCAAAUGUUCUCAAGUAAUGGUCCAAGGCAAGUAUUAUUAGUAACAUUGAAUCAUUUAGAUUCUAUCCGUGAACUGGCAUGUACUCAUCAAUUGAAACAUAAUAUAGAUGUCAUACAACACAAUUUCUAUCAAACUUUUGAGAAAAUGACAAAUGGAGAAAUAAUGAGAAUACGUUAUGCAAUGUUGAAUUAUUUGCAAGAUAUACAUGUUAAGGUUACCAUAUUUAUUAAAGAAGGUUUACAGCGGUACAAUGGAUCAUUUGUUUCAGUAGGAAAAUGGAUGGUUCCACAUGGAUGUGAAGCUCCAGGUGUUAUACGAGUAUUCAAUAAAAAUAGUACUCUUAUUGACAUCAGUACAUUUCAUCCCAUAUCAUUUUACAAAGUAGAAACCGAAAUAGGUUCAAUUAAACCAAAUAGUCCUCGGAUCACUACUCUCGGGCUUUCAAUUUUUAAUAUCAAUAAAAAUAUUAAUCAACCUUCUGAAGAAACGUCAGAUCCAUUAUUUAAUGGCCAGACUAGUCGCGAUGGAUAUAAACAAGAAAUGGAUCUUUUUGUUACCCAACUGAUGGGUAACGAUAAUGAUAGUGAAGAAAUCACUAAUUUGGAUCUUGAAAUAUUAGAUACUUCAUUAAACACAAAUGAAAACAAAAUAGAAGAAAAAAUUUCAGAACACAAUAUUUUAGAUUUUACUCAAAUUACUAGCAAUUUGUCUUUACAAAAUAUAAGAACGGAAAUGGAUGAUUCAGUUUCAAGACAAACCGGAGAUAUACUAAACAUGAUGCAGUUAUUAGAUUUGGAAUAAUUACCUGUUCAGAUU